UUCCGUUGCGUGCUCGUCUCCCACUCCACUCUCUACGGUCCACGGCGGCCAGCAGCCGCUUGCCGCUUUCCCAGCCACCCGCCGCCUCCGCGUGUCGCCCCAUCCAGCCAUCGGUUCCACCUGGCCUGCAAAUCCGGCGCGCUACUAACCGCCGGGUGGCCCGAAAUUUCCCCGCCGCAAGCUUCGAAGCCGGAACAGCAAUGGCAGCAGCAGCCGUCGCCUCCAGUUCCACGCCGCGGCCGCUCCGCUUGGCGCAGCGCGGGGCGCUCGCACCCCACCACGUCAGCGCCCCGCCGCCCCGCUCCCGCAGGCCGCGGCUCGCCGUCUGUGCCUCGGCCGGCGUGGAGACGGAGACCACCAGCGGGUCCGGGCGGUUCUACUUCAACUUCACCGGGUUCCCCUUCCCGCUCGGCCCGUUCCUCAACCGCCGCACCAUCCGCACCGAGGCCGUGAAGGGCAGCAUAUGGCUGUUCGAGCAGGAGCAGGCGCUGGGAUUCAGCAGCGUCUCCACCAACACCCGCAUGACCGUCAUCAAGCUCAAGUCCGGUGGGCUCUGGGUGCACGCGCCCAUCGCGCCCACCAAGGAGUGCAUCCAGCUGCUCAAGGAGCUGGACGCGCCGGUGGAGCACAUCGUGCUGCCGACCUUCGCGUACGAGCACAAAAUCUUCGUCGGGCCCUUCUCCAGGAAGUUCCCCAAGGCUCAGAUAUGGGUGGCGCCCAGGCAGUGGAGCUGGCCAAUCAACCUGCCGCUCGAGUUCUUCGGGAUCUUCCGGGCCAAGCCGCUCAAAGAUGAGGAUGACGCCACGCCCUGGGCCGUCGAAAUCGAGCAGAAGGUGCUCAGCUCUCCGGAAGUUGGGAUUGGGCCGUAUGUGGAGGUGGCGUUCUACCAUAAGUCUUCACGGACACUACUGGUGACCGAUGCUGUCAUCUUUGUUCCUCAACAGCCACCGGAGUGUAUCAGCAAAGAAUCUCUGUUGGCAUCUGCGAAGAAUGGACUGGCAGUGAAACUAUUAAGCAAAGGGAAGGAGGUUCCUGACGAACCAGUUGUUGACAAUAAGCUAAACCGGCAGAAAGGGUGGGAGAGAAUGGUGCUUCAAAUACUAUUUCUUGGUCCGUCAAAUCUGCUUGAGCCAAAUGCAAGUUUUGCUCAAAUGUCGCAAAAAUUGAUUGUCUCACCAAUUGUCAAGACACUCGUUUUCAGCAAAGUUCCAGAGAAGGUGAGGGACUGGGUUGACAGGAUUGCUGCGGACUGGCGAUUCCGACGGAUAAUCCCUUGCCACUUCGCAGCCCCAAUCAACGCGAGUCGGUCAGACUUUCUGGCCGCCUUUGCCUUCCUCGACGAGUUCCUCCCCGAGCGCGCUGCCAGGGCGCCCGGUCUCUCACUGCUCUUCGCCUCCUUCAUGGGGAAGGCAGCCAGCUACUUCCCUCCGGACGACAUGAAGACGCUCUCGUCCCUAGACGAGUUCUUGGUCUCUGUUGGCGCUGUCAAGAAAACCGUCUCUGGACGGAAGAGGUGACCUGGAGAGAAACCGGUGGAUGCGAAUGGUUUUAUAUGAAGGGGUAGCUGCUGCAGUGCAUGCUUGAAGUUGAAGCAUGGUUUACACUGUUAAAUUGUUAUGUGGUUAGUGGCCAAAAAUGGUACAUUAGGCUAUAAUCUAGGAGAGUACAGAUGUCUUCUUGCCUAGUUGCCUUCAAUAGAAAGCCAGAUUUUACAGCAUAUGGAAUUUACCAGCUUGGAGCAUAGUACCGCAGUAGGUAUGUUUUGCCAUGUUUGAACUUA